AUGAGGAACCCGCGAGAGCUCGCGGACCGUUCAAAAUACUGCUGCUUCCAUCGGCAACAUGGGCACAACACUGAACAGUGCCGUGAGCUAAAAAGGCAAAUCGAGGAGCUCAUCCGCCGAGGGCAUCUCGGCCACUACCUUCUGCCGGACAAAGAGCUAUCACCUCGCCCGGAGGGCCCCGUCGAGAGACACAUCGAUGUAAUCGCUAGCGGCCCCGCAUCGAGGGGGGGCUCCAUGUCGGGAAGAAAGGCGUACGCCCGAGCCGCUCCAGACGUAACCUCUGGAUACGGGCCCGAGCCCGAAAUCACCUUCCCGACCGGGGUAUCCGACCAACCCGAACACGAUGACGCCCUUGUGAUAUCGGCUAUGGUGGCCAACGUGCAGGUAAGAAGGAUCAUGGUCGACAUUGGGAGCUCGGUCGAUAUACUCUACUUCGACGCCUUCCAGAAGCUCGGCUUGGCUAGGGAGAAUAUGAGGCCAAUGAGUUCAGCGCUCACCGGAUUCAUAGGAGAUUCGAUAUCACCUCUGGGGGCUAUUACUCUGCCCUUAACCCUAGGGGUCCCGCCGAGGUCGAAGACAGUAAUGACCACCUUUUUGGUGGUCGACCUUCCCACUGCUUACAACGCCAUACUUGGACGGCCGACCCUCAACAAGGUCAGAGCCGUCGUCUCGACCUACUACCAAACCAUCAAGUUCCCGACUCAUGCUGGGGUCGGAGAAGUUACGGGAAGCCCCCGAGAGUCCAGGUGGUGCUACCUGAUCGCCGUUUCACUACACAAGAGGACCAGGAUCGAGCUGCCGCUGGAAGAUCCGCGGGAAACAAAAAAGCCGACCCCUCAUCCCGAGCCGAGGGGGUCCACCGUGGAUAUACCAUUACAAGAAGCCCGGCCUGACCGGACGGUCAAAGUUGGUUCGGAACUACCCGAACAGGAACGAGAGCAGCUCGUCUGCCUCCUGCGGGAAAAUGCCGACGUCUUCGCCUGGUCCCCAUCUGACAUGACGGGCGUCGAUCCAGGAGUUGCACAGCACCAUCUCAACAUCCCACCUGACGCUCGCCCGGUGAAACAAAGACCCAGGCAGCAAGCCCCUGACCGGCAACGUGUCAUACGAGAAGAGGUGACCCGUCUUUUAGCGGCAGGCUUCAUAGAAGAAGCCAGGUAUCCUCAAUGGCUGUCCAAUGAUGGCACCCGAAGACAGAGAGCAUACGACCUUCCUCACCGAUCAAGGGUGUACUUCUAUAAGGUCAUGCCGUUCGGAUUGAAGAACGCCGGGGCCACAUAUCAAAGAACGGUGAACAAGAUGUUCGCCCACCAGAUCGGGAGGAACAUGGAAGUUUACGUGGACGACAUGAUCAUGAAAAGCCAAGAGGCCGGAGCACACAUUGCCGACCUGAUCGAGGCGUUCGCCACGCUACGCAAGUUCGGUAUGCGACUUAACCCCACAAAAUGUGCCUUCGGUGUCACCUCCGGGAAAUUCCUCGGGUUCAUCAUACACGAAAGAGGAAUUGACACCAACCCGGAGAAGGUCCAGGCAAUCAUCGACAUGCAGUCACCCCGGACGAUCAAAGACCUGCAGCGACUUAAUGGAAGGCUUGUUGCCAUGUCUCGCUUUCUCGCCCGGUCGGGCGAUCGCUGCCUCCCCUUCUUCAGGGCGCUCAAAAACCCGAAAAGCUUCCAGUGGACGACGGAGUUCAGUUCCGUCCUGAUCAAAGAAAGCUUUGGUGAACAACUUUCGAUCUACUACGUCAGCCACAUCCUGAGCGGACCCGAGGGGCGUUACCCGCCGAUAGAGAAACUCGUGCUCGCCCGGGUGCUGUCAGCUCGGAAGUUGCGCCCCUACUUCCAGGCCCACCCGGUGGAGGUCAUCACCGACCAACCCCUUCGGCAGCUCGGCGAACAUGAUAUAAGAUACGUGCCCAGGACCGCCAUCAAGGCCCAGGCGGUAGCUGACUUCAUCGCGGAGCUAACUCAGGUGGCAGACGGGGAUCUCGAGCAACCUCCCAAGGCUUGGAUCCUACACGUGGAUGGCUCGGCCAGCUCAAAGGGUGCUGACGCAAGAUUGGUUCUGCUUGCCCCCGACGGCCGCUCGUUCGAGCGCUCCCUCCGCUUCGGGUUUAAAGCCACUAACAACGAAGCGGAAUAUGAGGCACUCCUAGCAGGACUCAGGUUGGCCCUUGAGAUGCAGGUGGCUGCUAUACACGUCCUCAUUGACUCGCAGCUUGUGGCCGAGCAGCUCAGCGGUGGAUACGAGGCUUGGGACCCAACCAUGGCGAAAUACCUGGCACGGGUAAGGGACCUAAUUGCUAAGUUCCCUUAUUUCACAUUGUCCAAUGUUCCAAGGGAGGAGAACAAGCAGGCCGAUGCGCUGGCUAGGCUGGCGUCGAAGCCGACCUACGAAGCACGACCGAAGGUCGAGGAGCUUCCUGCCCGCGCCAUCGAAGUAGCGACUACAGCCCCCGGCAGUGUGCCGAUCACAUGGGUGCAGGAGCUGCUACGCUUCAAGCGGGAUGGGACCCUUCCCCACGACGAAGUUGCGGCUCGGCGUCUGCGUCGUACAAACGCGUGGUACACUGAAGAGAGUGGCCGGCUUUAUAGGUGGUCCUUCACCUACCCCCUCCUACGAUGCUUGGAGCCCGACGAGGCCCAGACGGUCCUGGCCGAGAUCCACGAGGGAGUCUACGGAGAACACAACGGCGGGCGAACCUUGGCACACAAAAUACUUCGCCAAGGUUACUACUGGCCGACCAUGUGCCGGGACGCGAAAGCUUACGCGCAGCAGUGCGGUUCGUGCCAAGAACACGCCCACGCACCCCGACAGCCCGCGGUCCCACUUAGCCCCAUCGCGUGCAUGUGGCCAUUCGCACAGUGGGGGUUGGACCUGCUCGGACCUUUCCCACCGGCUUCGGGGCAACGAAAGUACAUCAUCGUGGGAGUGGAUUAUUUCACGAAGUGGGUCGAGGCCAAGCCGUUGGCGACAAUCACAGAGCAACAAAUGGAGAAGUUCGUGUGGAGAAACCUGGUGACUCGGUUCGGGUUGCCCAAAACCAUCAUUAUGGAUAACAGACCUCAAUUCACUGGUAGGAGGUUCCGAGAGUUCUGUGCCAGUCAUGGCAUCCAACUAAGGUUCAGCUCAGUGGCCCAUCCUCAGACGAACGGGUUGGCAGAGGUAACUAAUCGGUCCAUCUUGGACGGACUCAAAAGAAGGGUGUCCGCAGCUCGAUCAGCUUGGACCGACGAACUCCCUAGCGUCCUAUGGUCACUACGCACCACUCCCAAGACCGCAAUCGGAGAGUCCCCGUACAGCUUGACGUUCGGAACCGAAGCUGUCCUGCCACCCGAGGUGGCUAUCUCCACCCUUCGGACGAGGAGCUACGACGAGGAAGUCUCGAACGAGGGACUUCGAGCCAGCCUCGACAUGCCUCGAGGAGCGACGUGCUAA